UCUGCUGUGUGUUUCUCCCUCACUUUUUUCCUUUUGCAAUCUUGUAUUUUAAAAUGAAAAUGAAAAUGUAUUUAAAGAGGGAAGUAACUGAAACCAGAGGGUUCAGAAAUUAAGGAAAGAGUUACAGUCUUCACAAGACAAUGGAAAUAGCAUCCAACAACACAGCAUUAAAUAUACUCCUUUCAAAGCUGCUACAAGACUAUGCAGAUAAAAUGAACGGCGCUACACCUCCACCAGCCGGUGCAACAGACGACCACUUGGAAGUCAUAUAUAUCCUCUUAUUGCUUGGCUUCUUUGGCUUCUUCACAUUUGGAAUAAUGCUUAGCUACAUUCGCUCCAAAAAGCUUGAACAUUCAGCUGAUCCAUACAACAUGUAUAUUGCCACAGACAUUUGGCAUAAGAAGGACAAGGCCUCACUGAAAGCCAAAGUGGUGGAAAACUAUACUUCAUGUUUUGUAUUGAAAAACCAGCACGCAGUAGAGCAGCCUACCAAGCAUAUUCCUGAAGUAAAGGUUUCAUAGCACAUGGUCAGUUAAUUUUGCAGGCAUCAUGUUGAGCCUUCCAAAGAAAAGUAACAUUUGGGAACCGGCAAAAACCCCAAAUGACACAAAAUCAUCAGUUUUUGGUAUAAUCCCAUAGUUUAAUGAAGGAAGUGCAAUUUCAGAAUUUGUAACCCGAUGCAUUUUGGACAACUGUUAUUUUACAAUGAUGUGUUUCUAACAUAUGUACCAGACCAUAUCUGUUGAAGGAGAUAUAUGCUGGUUGUAAUCUAUUUCCUCUAUGGUUUCUUCCAAAAGAACAGGGGGAAAGUGAGGAUUAAGCCACAGUCAUGUCUUUGUGACCAACUGUACUGGCCACCGUAGCAUGGGGGUGUGGCCAAAGCUCAAUGGUAAAGGAUCUUCUUUGAAUGCAGAAAGCCUCAGGUUCAAUCCUUGGCAUCUCCAGGAGCUUUCCCAGACAGCAGGCUUUGCCGUGGGUUUACUGCAAGGCUUUACUGCAAGUUUGAAGUUGUCAAAAAAUAUAUAUGUGCAAAAAGUGGAAUUUUUACCAGGGAUGUAAAUCAGGCUGCACUCUAACAUGCAAUGAAAAACCCAAAACAUGUGUGAAGUGCUCCCUGAUAGCUCGCAGGGACUUCGGGGUAAUUCUGGCCGAUAUGUGACCGCACACCCUCCAUUCUGGAGGAGAUGCGAACUAAGCUCCAUGUAGGGUUGGGAAAGAUUCCUGCUGGAAGCCUUGGAGAGCUGCUGCCAGUGUAGACAAUAAUGAGCUAGAUGGACCCAUGACUCAGUAUAAGGAAACUUCCUGUGUUCCUGUCUCCAGACCAUCUAAGUGUCAACACAUUCCCAAUCCAUGAGGGCUGAAGAACGACCACAUUAGUUUAAUGUGAUGCUGGUCACAUCAUUUUUGGGAGUCCUGCAAUAGGCCAUUUGUCUUGUUUUGAAAUUAAUAAGAGCUUUGCAAUGAAACCCAUAGCAUGUAAACCAAAAAUUGUUUUAAAACAAAAUCUGCCAGUUACUGAUCAAUCUUCUUUCAGACACAAUAACUGGAUUCUUAUUGGCAAUGUAUACAAUCGCUCUUCUGAAUUACUGUGUUCUCCCUUCAGUAUAAUUAUUACCAUUGAAGGAGUCCGAGAUUUCUGGUUAUUAUAUAACUUUUCUGCUGCUUUAAACCACUAAUUUCUUUUAUUUAUGAAAAUGGAAGGUGGUUAUAUAAUUGCCUCUAUUGAGGAGGAACAACUGAUUGAGGUGUUUGGUAGGUAGUGGUACGAGACUGGGGUUGCCAAAUGACCAGAAAAAGGCUCCUGUACUGUUAUUGUGCCUUUAACAGCAGCUUGAUUUUCAGAAAACAGCAGAUAAUGCUUUUUACAACAUGGAGAUAAGCAUUAUAACCUGCUAAAAGGCACAGUUCAAGCUGUUAUUAAAGGCACAGAACAGCAGCUAGUCAAACAGUAGCCCUAUGGCCAACAUGCAUUUAGUCUGUUUUCCUUGUGGCAGCAUGUAAAUCAUUUGUAUGAUGUAAAUAUU